AAACUUCAAUUCAUCACAGUGGUUCAACCACAAGAACAACAAACAUCUACUAUUACUGCAAAGAGUUACGAUAAACAAUGGGAACUUCUGCAUUGUUAUUUAGCCUUGCUAUGAUGGCUACAGCCUAUGGUCAUCAUGCGAGUCAAGCAGGUAUCCCAGGAUCUGAGAUGUAUGACAAAUACAGUGGCAAGAAAUACGAGGGAAACAACAGAUAUGCAAGACAGAUGCCUGACAUGUCAUCCUUCACCAACCCAUCGCAGAUCACCAACAACUUCAGUCCUGACAAGUUCCAGAGCAUGGCCAAACCUGAUGCCAUCAUGUCAGCCUUCAGUGGAGGUGCAUCUGGAUCACCAGCUCCAGCUGAGAGUGCCUCAGCCAGUGAAGUGAAAUACAGGGUUGCCAGACAGAUGCCUGACAUGUCAUCCUUCACCAACCCACAACAGAUCACCAACAACUUCAGUCCUGACAAGUUCCAGAGCAUGGCCAAACCUGAUGCCAUCAUGUCAGCCUUCAGUGGAGGUGCAUCUGGAUCACCAGCUCCAGCUGAGAGUGCCUCAGCCAGUGAAGUGAAAUACAGGGUUGCCAGACAGAUGCCUGACAUGUCAUCCUUCACCAACCCAUCGCAGAUCACCAACAACUUCAGUCCUGACAAGUUCCAGAGCAUGGCCAAACCUGAUGCCAUCAUGUCAGCCUUCAGUGGAGGUGCAUCUGGAUCACCAGCUCCAGCUGAGAGUGCCUCAGCCAGUGAAGUGAAAUACAGGGUUGCCAGACAGAUGCCUGACAUGUCAUCCUUCACCAACCCACAGCAGAUCACCAACAACUUCAGUCCUGACAAGUUCCAGAGCAUGGCCAAACCUGAUGCCAUCAUGUCAGCCUUCAGUGGAGGUUCAGGUGGUGGAUCUUCUGCUGCUGCUGCUCCAGGUUCUUCAGCUCCUGUCUAAAUUCUACAACUCCCUCACUAAAUUCCUUCUGAAUUAGUCAUUUGUGACAAAAAUCAGAACAAUCCUUGGAUUCUCAAAUGGCCAAAUUAAUAUUGAUCUAUUUAUUACAAUGAUUAUCAACUCUUAUUCAACAAACAUGAUGUCAUAAAUGUACAUAAGAUGUAAAUUUUACAAUAAAAUCAAAAUGAUAGUA